AUGGCCAUCCUAGAGCAGCUGCCAAGUCUCGAAGAGAUCGGGCCUAGCCAGAGUUCCACCACCUCUGCUGGCCGAGCAGCUUCUAAUGCAGAGGACGACCUGACUAUCCACCACAAACGUGCUAUCGGUUCGACUAAAUUGAGAAAAAGAAAAUCUCUGAGGUUGAAGACUCGAGCUCAAGCCUCUGGGGUAUCUGGCAAGAAGACGGAGCCGAAAGGACAACACGUUCACGGCUACAACACAAGAAACCAGCCCCUAACAAGAGCUCAGAAGCGUGCUGCUGACCGUGAGGACAAGCCCAAGCCAUCUGUGAAACGUCAGAGGUCGGUGAAUUUGCCACGGAAAGGCUCGAGGCCGCAGAGUAAGAAUGUCAGGGAGCUUCGGCAGAAGAAGAGGCAGGAGCGCGAUGAUGGGGUAUCUAGCCUGUGGGAGGCCCUACAAGCAACGAGCCCUUUAGACGACAUGUCCCUUCACCUCAAGAAGAGACUGGCUGUCUACAUGUCUCUGACACAGUUCUACGGUUACUGGGGAUGGCAGUCACGCGAGGAAAUUGAAGAAUUCGUUGCUGGCUUGCUCGACCUCAAGCCUUCUUCCGUUCACAGAUGGUGUCAUGACUUCGAGACUGAUCAUUACUUGGAGCAGGAUUGUCGCGGGAAGCACUCGAAGGUUAGGAGUCCCCUCUAUGACGUUGAAUAUCAGGGCUUCCGGGAAAGGUUCCGGCAUUACGUCAAGGCAAACUCUAUUGGCAAGGACGGCAGUCCCAAUCUGACGGCUGAUGCUCUGGCUGAGUGGGUCAACUCGGAUUUGGACCUCCAAGAUGAAGACAAGUAUUCCAAUCGUACAGUUCUCCGGUGGAUGCAUGCUCUAGGGUUCUCGGUACACUCAGUGAAGAACACAUUGUAUGUGGAUGGGCACGAAAGGGAUGAUGUCGUGGCUGAUAGGGAGCGCCUCUACAAGGAAUUGCAGGAGGUUCGGCCCUAUCUACAGACAGUGGACGACUGUACUCUAGAGGAGGCAGAGAAUGGCGCUGCUACUCACAUACUGAUCUCGCAAGAUGAGAAGAUUCAUCAUAGCGGGGAUACACAGCGCCGCUAUUGGUCGGAUGGGACAUUCACCAAGCUACGACAGAAGUCACUUGGCCGGACCGUGAUGACCUCAGACUUUCUGUCCGAGAUCUUUGGGUUCAUCCGUUACAGCAACGACGACCCUGUCGUGCCUGGUGAACGCACCGGGUCUGUCUUGGACGUGUCGGUCGAUGGCUACUACAACAAUGAACGGUGCCUUGUGGAUUUCGCAGAAUGCAGUGAGGCCGUCAAGACUCUCUCUGAGGGGAAGCUUGGGUGUGUCUUCUUGACCGAUCGGAGCCCAAUACACUGCAAGUAUCCGGAGGAUGGUCUCAACGCCAAGGCUAUGAACGUCAAGCCUGGAGGGAAGCAGCCUCGAAUGCGCGCAGGUUGGUAUGAACGCGAUGGCCGACGCGUUGUCCAGGAAAUGGUCUUUCCGGUGAACCAUCCUCGAUACGCUGGCUUACCCAAAGGACUCCGGCAGGUGGUACUGGAGAGGUUCGGGGAAGCGGCAGUAGUGGGCAAGAAGCAGGACGAGCUGGUCAUCCUACUCUCUAAUUGUGAUGAUUUCGCUUCCCAGAAAACUCUGCUCCAGGAAGAAGCUGAGGCCCGCGGUGAUCGAGUCAUAUAUGGUGUGAAAUUCCACCCAGAGUUGGCACCAAUAGAGGCAGCUUACCGCUCUAUCGCUAAGGCCAUUAGGAUAGGGAACUCCUCCAAGUCAUCAGCAGGGUUCGUCCAAAGAGUAGAGCGCUGCCAGGAGCCUGCUGACCUGACGUUGCUGCUUAUUCGCAAGCACUUCAGGUCAUCCAGGGAGUAUCUCAAGUCUUACAUGGAGGGAAUGAGCUUGGAGGAGAUAAAGCGACUAAGAAAGGAGCGUCGAAAGCAUCGAGGGCCAGCGCCAAUGUUGCCUGCUCCUACAGGGCAGUCCAACGUCGGCAAGUUUAACCGGAGACGUGUAGUCUAA